AUGGCUGUUAGGUACAGCAGCGUCUUCCAAGUCUACGCGAUUGUGCUGCUGCUUCUUGUUGUGAAGCUACCUCCAUGUUUAGCUACGGAAAUUAACACUACAGCAUUAAUACGCUCACACGCGCUGAAUGUGAACAGCGCCUUGAAGGAGUCAAACUUGAAACCGAACGCAGUCAUGACAUCAACUGAUUCGGAAGAGAGGAUAGAUUUUGCGCGUAUAAGCGUAUUGGAGGGCUUAAGCCUUUCGGAGAAGAAUAUGCUUCAGACUUCAUCAAAAUUCUCCCAGUCUGGAUUUAUUGCAAAGAUCAUUCGAGAGUUUCAAAUAUUGUGGUGGAGGUUGUUGCGAAAAUCCGACUUGGAUGUAUUUAUUCUGCUGAAGCUCGACCUAAAAGGGCACGAACUUUUCAAUAGCGCAGGUUUUCGCAAGUGGACCAAUUUCAUCGCAUCAAAGAAAGAUACGAAAGCUCCCAAAGAUGUAAUACUUGAUAUCUUAAAACAAUAUUACAAGACCGAUGAGGAGCUGGUGAAUCUUCUGUUAGCAGGAACAACAGCAAAUACCUACUAUUCGAGAGAUUACGCUAUCAGACUGCUGGAGCAUCAAGUCAAAAGGUUGAUUAAUGAACAGAAACCACUGGAAGACAUAUUCAGACUUCUGAAGGUCAAGAAAGGCACCGACGUCUUUGGUAACACCCACUUCCUGUAUAUAGUUAAAUUACAUACAAAAAUCAGCGGAGAAGACACGGGAAAAGUUCUUCUUACACAGUUGCGCAAUGUGUACGGGGAUGAUCUACUCAACGUUUUAAGUGCAGAAGCCAGGAACCCCCGUAUGCCGUCUAUGGUACCGAGGGUGCUACGGGCCCUGCGUUCGGAGUGGACUGCUGAAGGGAAAAAGGCCGCAGAGACUUUCAAUCUAUUUCAGUUCAAGGACAAAACUGACACGAUAUUUUAUGACCCAAUCUUCCAGCUUUUGGCUCAAGUUUGCUAUUUCAACAUAUGA